CAACCACGAAUCGCCACUUUCUCCAGCAACAGUGAUCCCCCGGUUAUAUUUCUCACUCGGAACCACGCCGCGCCGCUCUAGCCAGCUGCACCCUCGGCCGGCAUGGCCCGCCUCGGCCUCCGGCGCUUUCCGCCGCCGAUGCUCCUCCUCCUCCUCGGCCUCUUCCUCGUCGCGGCGGCGGCGGCGGGGAAGGGAAAGAAGAGGGGCCGCGGCGGCGGCGGGCUGCGGUUCCGGCGGGAGGGCGGCACGUUCAAGGUGCUGCAGGUGGCGGACAUGCACUACGCGGACGGGCGGAGCACCGCGUGCGAGGACGUGCUGCCCGAGCAGGUCGCCGGCUGCUCCGACCUCAACACCACCGCCUUCCUCUACCGCGUCCUCCGCGCCGAGGACCCCGACCUCGUCGUCUUCACAGGUGACAACAUCUACGGUGCGGAUUCGACCGACGCGGCCAAAUCAAUGGACGCAGCAAUAGCUCCGGCCAUCGCCAUGAACCUUCCCUGGGCUGCUGGGAUUGGUAACCAUGACCAAGAGGGUACCCUGUCGCGGGAGGGCGUGAUGCAGCACCUUGUGGGCAUGAAGAACACUCUUUCACGCUUCAAUCCUGAAGGAGUAGAAAUUGAUGGCUUCGGGAAUUAUAAUCUGGAAGUUGGUGGGGUUGAAGGAACACUGCUGGCUAACAAAUCAGUGCUCAACAUGUAUUUUCUUGACAGUGGUGACUAUUCUACCGUGCCAUCAAUCCCUGGUUAUGGUUGGAUCAAGGCUUCGCAGGAAGCUUGGUUCCGGAAAACGUCUUCGAGCCUCCAGAAAAACUACACGAGUCAACAACCCAGCCAGAAGGAGCCAGCACCUGCUCUUGCAUACUUCCACAUUCCAUUGCCGGAGUUCAGCAGCUUUACGGCAUCCAAUUUCACAGGAGUGAAGCAGGAGGGCAUCAGCUCGCCGUCAAUCAACUCGGGCUUCUUUACCACCAUGGUGGAAGCUGGAGAUGUGAAGGCUGCCUUCAUAGGACAUGAUCACAUAAAUGACUUCUGUGGGAAGCUCACUGGUAUUCAGCUGUGCUACGCCGGUGGGUUCGGUUACCACGCGUAUGGGAAGGCCGGGUGGUCGAGGAGAGCAAGGGUGGUGUCUGUGCAGCUUGAGAAGACAGAGAGCGGCGAGUGGCAAGGCGUGAAGUCUAUCAAGACAUGGAAGAGGCUUGAUGAUCAACACCUCACCACGAUUGAUUCUGAGGUCCUGUGGAACAGAGGCUCUAAUGGGAGGGGCGGGAAGGAUCAUGACAGAAGCUGAGUUCAGGAUGGGGACAGUGAAUGCUGCAUCCUAUUCCUACCUCUACUCAUCAUGUGUGCUGUUGGUGCUCAGCUUAUUACCGAGUCUGUAACCGUGUAAAUGAAAACAGAUAGUACGCGACAUGUAUACGCAAGUUCUCAGAGUUGUAGGUUUUCACGUCAAGAAAAAAAGGGGGAUCAUGGAUUCGGUGUGAUUCAGUACAUAUCUCACUCUUUGCAAAUGGUCUCGGAUGUCAAAGAUAAUGAGAAUACCGAUGCUAAUGCGGCCUGUA